GUAGUUCCGUGUUUACGGAAGUUACGUCCUUUGAUCCAUGGACUCAACUUCCUCCUCACGACCGCUGCUAAUCUAACAUUUUAAAACAUUGUAUAUAGAUAUUUGCAGUAGUUGGGUCGCUGACUGGUAAAGUCGCCGACAUGUGGGACCAUGAAAUCAGAUCCAUGGCGUCCGCUCACGCCAUCAUCGCCUCCGCGGUGUUCAUGGCCACCGUGCUGCCCGCGGUGCUGGUGCGGGGCUUCUCGGUGUACGGGACCCACCUGCUCUGGAUGUACUCGGUGUCCGCUGCGGUGACCGCGGUCAAUGUCGCCGUCUUCUGGCUGCUCGGUAUCUCGCCGCCCACCAAGAGGCACACGCUGGGCUACAAGCUGUCCAGGCUGUUUCGUUCCUGUGUGUACUUCUUCCUGUCGUGCCUGUUCUUUCACACGGUGGUGGUUCUUUACGGAGCUCCGCUGAUCGAAUCCGCCUUGGAGACGUUCUCCCUGGCUGUGCUGCUGACCUGUCUAACCACAUUGAGGUGUCUCUGUGUCCUCGGGCCCAAUGUGCAGGCCUGGAUACGUGUGUUCAGUCGGCAUGGUGCGAUGUCAGUGUGGGACACCUGUCUACAGAUUACAGUCGUCUGCACGGUGGUAGGAGCCUGGGUGGGAGCGUUCCCUAUACCUCUGGACUGGGACCGGCCGUGGCAGGUUUGGCCCGUUUCCUGCAGCCUGGGCGCCACGAUCGGCUUCCUGACCGGGCUCAUCGCCGCUCCCGCGUGGAUCCACUAUCACCGCAAACAGCUCACGUACAAGUGCAAGUGAUAUAGAACAAACACACUACGAGGAUGUUUUAUGUGCUCCAGCUGAACUCCUUGAACUUUUUACUUGUUAUUUAUAUGGAACGUUCACUCUGUUUGCAGCCUGUGGGAAAGAUGUUUUCUCUAGCAACAUGGUGACAUGAUUAUUUGUACCCGUGAAGGUUGAAUCUGCUCCUGAAGAUUUUUGACAAGAAAUAAAAUGUUACCUCUG